AAAUGAUUUUCUUAUCAACACUAAUAAAAGUGGCAUCGAUAACGUCAAUAGUUUUGUUAGCUGGUGGAUCGACUUAUUAUUAUUUACAGAGCGAUAACAGUAACAAAUUAGAGAGAAAUCACUUAAAAGGUAACCAUGUUAAAGUACAUAAUACCCAUUUUCAUCACGGAAAAAUGGAAGAUGAAGAAGUGCACAUUUGCAAUCAUGGUCAUUUCAUAAAGGAAAUUGAAAUAGAGGAGCCAGAACGUCCAACAGAGAUUCCAAUAGAAGCAAGAUUAUCACAUGAAUAAAUGCUAAUUAAGGAUCAUAAAUAAGGAAAUUGGUAAACAAUUAGAAUAAAGACAGAUUAUUCAUCUUUUUAGGUAUUGAUUAAUAUAACUAUAAUAGGCGUCAUAAUAAUAAGCGGAUUUCAUAGAAAAUAAAUUAGUGAAAGCAGCAACAGGAUUUUUAAAAGCCGCCAUAAAAGUUUAUCCUUCAUCAAAAUUAUUUUUAAGUGGAUAAUGUGGUACAGUUAUGAUUCCAAGUUCCUUCAAAAGUGGUGUGAAUGGAGUUGAUUUAGUAUUAUUUGUAACAGCUACGACUUCUUAAGAGACAUGGGUAGCAAGAGCAGGAGCAUGUAGAUUAGAUCCAACUACUUUAAGACCAACAGCUGGUUCAUUAGAAUUCAAUUUGAAAUACUUUAAUUAAUUAGAUUUCAGUAAAUUAAGUGAAGGUAAAUGGUUUAAAUGGAUAUAAACAACAAUCCAUGAAAUAACACAUGUCUUAGGAUUUAGUAGUGGAUUAUUCCCCUAUUAUAUAGAUCCUAAUACAAUGUAGAAAUUAGGUUUAAGUUAGAUAGUAAAAUCAUAUGGAGGAAGAGAUUGGAUAAUAUUACCAAAAGUAGUAAAUGCAGUAAAAAGUCAUUUUGGAUGUUAAUCUGCUUGGGGGGCUCCUUUAGAAAAUAAUGGAGGAUAAGGAACAGCUGGAAGUCAUUGGGAAAGAACAGCAUUUGGUAAUGAAGCUAUGACUGGAUCAGAAUUCCCAGAUUCAGUUUUCACUAUUUUUACUUUCAAUUUACUUGAAUCAACAGGGUGGUAUAAUAUGGAUCAUAGAUAAUCUGAACCAUUUAAUUGGGGAAAAGAUGAAGGAUGUCCUAUUGCCUAAGGAUAAUGUGUUUAAGGAUUAAGAGAAUUCUGUAAAGCAGGAAGUGAUGGAUGUUCAUCUGAUUUUACAGGAAUUGCUACUUGCUCAUUAAGUGAUGUAUUAACUGAUGGUUGUGGAUAUUGGAGAGCAUAUGGUAAUAGUGAUUGCAGAUAUAACUCUGAUUUUAUUGGUCAAUUAGCAUAAUAUGGUGGAUAUUACGGAAAUGAUAGUAAAUGUUUCUACACUACUUUACCUACUAAAAUUGGAUUCUAAGGAGUGGUUUCUGAUUGUUUUAAAGCUCUAUGUUAAGAUAAUGUUGUGACAUUCUCCAUUACAAAUAAGAGCUAUCAAUGUGUGACAACUGGACAAGUAAUCAUUUUCUAAAUUUUAUUAGACAAUUAAUGUUAAGUAUUCCUAUUAUAGUGCAACUGUCACUUGCCCAGAUAUUAAACAUUUCUGUAAUACUCAGAGAACUUGUCCUAAUGCUUGCAGUGGAGUUGGUACCUGCAGAGGAACCACGUGUUAUUGUUGGUCUGGGUAUAGUGGAGCAGACUGUUCUACAUCCUUAUGAUUAUUCAAACAAUUUAAAUCAAUCAAAAUCAUC